AUGAUUGUCAAUCUCGAUGACAUAUCUGGGCCGCAACUACGGUCGUUGAAGCUAGCUCAUGUGGUACUUAGAACCCCUGAUAAGGCCGUCAUGAGUCAAUUUUAUGUCGAUUCCCUAGGCGCCACGAUCGUCCACGAGAACGCGAUUCCUUCUUUCAUCACUUACGACAAUGAGCAUCACCGAAUUGCUCUCGCUCAGAUCCCCUCUCUGAAGCCAAAAGAUCGGGGGAUCUGUGGUCUAGAAUUGCUGUUCCCAAAGCAUAUUGCAUUCGCUUUUGACACGUUGGAAGCCCUGUUUUUAUCGUAUCGCCAGCGCAAGGCCAAGGGAAUUCUCCCCUUCUGGUCUGUCAACCACGGUAUGACUAUCAGCUUGUACUACCACGAUCCUGAUGGCAAUGUUUUGGAGACGCAGUGUGAUACUUUGGAUAACGAGAGGGCAAACGAAUUCAUGUCGUCGAAGUCUUUCCAAGAGAAUCGUAUUGGAGUGGACUUCAAUCUAGAGGAGAUAUUAGAACGCCUCAAGAAAGGAGAGUCUUUCAGAGACUUGACGCACCGACCCGAUAUUGGACCAAGGAGCGUUGAGACUGUACAAAUGCCUUAA